AUGGAAGAGACUAGAGACACUAUUCAAAAGGUUGGAAUUUUAAACUAGGAAAUUGAGAAGUUAAAGACAUCUAAGGAUGUGGGACCCAAAGCAUAAUUCAAUGAAUAAAUAGUACAAGGAAAACUUGAUUAGCAUUGCAGGUUUAAAUCUGAAGAUAUUGAAGAAAAUCUACAAAUUAUGGAAACUGAUGAUUGCGACAAUGAUCUUGAAUAUAAAAUCAAAUAAAAUGCCAAAAUGUGCUUGGGCAUAUCCUUAAAAAAAGUCACUCCAUAAUUAAGAAAUUAUCAACAUUAAAUGUUGAGGUAAUUACAACGAGAAAGACCAUCAUAAAACUUAAAAGUUGAUUUUGAAUAGGAAUAUAUUGAAACAUUAAUUUUAGAUAGAAAUGAUAGAAUUAAAUAAUUAGGAGAAAAAUUGAAAAAAAUGAAUGAGUUGUUUAAAGAAAUGAAUAGACUAGUUAUAGAACAAGGAACUUUGUUAGAUCGAAUUGAUUUCAACAUAGAUCAAACAUUCACAAGAAUUAAAAAAGGAAAAGAUUAGUUAGUCUAAGCAAGUACAAAAUAGUAAAUUAGUGACAGAGCUUAAAAGUGUAUUUUUAUAUUAGUUGGAUUAAAUAUGUUUAUAGCUUUUCUAUUUGUAAUAAAAUAUACAUUAUUAUGA